ACAGAAAUAGAUGGAUCAGGAAUAAAUAUGUUCAUCGUGCCCUUACUCGCUGCUUAUUCCAUACUGUAGGCGAGGGUUGAUACUGGACGUAGUCACAAUGGCUACAUCAAACCCUGCCCCUGCCGACAAGAGGGCGGUUUUCUUUUUUGAUAUUGAUAAUUGCUUAUAUCCGAAGAGUCUUCGAAUCCACAACCAUAUGAGCGUUCUGAUAGACAAGUAUUUCGAAACCCAUCUCGGCAUAUCUCAAGCUGAGGCAUAUGAGUUGCACAUGAAAUACUACACCCAAUAUGGACUUGCAAUAGAAGGGUUGGUUCGUCACCAUAAAGUCGAUCCGUUGGAUUACAACCAAAAGGUGGACGAUGCGCUGCCGUUAGAAGACAUAAUCAAACCUAACCCGACUCUACGAAAGUUGCUGGAAGACCUCGAUACAGACAAAGUCCGUCCUUGGUUAUUGACCAAUGCUUACGUCACACACGGUCGACGAGUGGUCAAGUUACUUGGCGUGGACGACCUGUUCGAAGGUCUCACCUACUGUGAUUACGGAGCAGAGAAGUUUGUCUGCAAGCCGAGCACGGAGAUGUUUAUGAAAGCGAUGCAAGAAGCAGGUGUUGACGACAUCAAGUCCUGCUACUUUGUUGACGAUUCGGCCUUGAAUGUUAAAGCUGCCCGAGCACUGGGAUGGUCGUCAGUCCAUCUGUUGGAGGAUGCGGAGCCAAAGCAUGCAGACGAACCCAGGGAGAUGCAAAUCAGGGACCUCGAGGAUCUACGGAAUAUCUUUCCGCAAUUCUUCAAGUCAUCCAGUUGAGCAUCAUUCAUACCGGAGUCGGGUUUGGGCAUUACGGUACUUUUCAAAGCGAUGCAAUUGGGGUAUAAAUGUCUCUAUCGGGACUGUCCAAAUAGACAAUACAUGGAAGAUAGAUGGCUCGGCAUUCAGAGUCCUCAAGCGCCCGCUCAGGAAAUAUGUGUCCACUAUAAUCACGCGCGCCUUCCAACUCCUGCAGUCUAUAAUCCAGACUUUAAGCCCUCUC